AUGUCUUUCCUAGGAUUUGGUGGCCAGCCUCAACUAAACUCUCAGCAAAAGAUUUCUGCUGCGGAAGCCGAACUUGACUUAGUUACUGAUAUGUUCAACAAGCUGGUCGACAACUGUCACAAGAAAUGUGUACAAGCAUCUUACAAUGAAGGUGAUCUAAACAAGAACGAAUCAUCGUGCAUUGAUAGAUGCGUGGCCAAAUAUUUUGAGACUAACGUAAAAGUUGGUGAAAAUAUGCAAAAGCUGGGCAACGCUUUUGGUGGUGCAGGAAAGUUUUAA